CAUCUUGUAGUGCAGGAACUCACGCUACUCAUCAUUGUGUUCAGCUUCUAUUAAUGGAAAACAUCUUCAUCUCCAAGGCUAUACAAGUUCGAUAAAUUUAUCUUGAACAAGGAAAAAUCCCAUGAUGUCUGUCGAACUAGAUGUGACUGACCAUCAGCGAACCUCGACUCAAAGCGCCGACCGCCCCCGCAUCUCGUCGGCGCCUCCGCCACCCGACAAUGGGCCCAAAGCUAUGAGUUUCCUUGUCGCUUGCUUCUUGAUCGAGGCUAUCAUUUGGGGCUUUACUGUCAGCUUCGGUGUCUUCCAAGCGUACUAUGAUCGCCUUGACGAGUUCCAGAACAGCAGGCCCAAUAUACCUGUGAUAGGCACUCUUAGCACGAGCUUCAUCUUCCUCGGAACACCUUUCGCUACACCUCUCGUGAAGCGAUACCACGCCUGGCGCCAAUGGAUGAUUGUAGCGGGUUGCACGCUGUGCGCUGCGUCAUUAGUUGGCGCUUCAUUCACCCACUCAGUUGCUGGACUUCUUGCUACACAAGGAACCCUUUAUGGUAUUGGCGUUCUUGUCGUGUAUGCACCUCUACUGAGCCUGAUAAAUGAAUGGUUCAUUAACCGAAGGGGCUUCGCGUACGGAAUUGCUUGGGCCGGCGGCGGGAUCAGUGGCGUUGGUUUACCGUUCCUUGUGGAAUGGCUGUUGGCCUCAUACGGCUACCAUACCACUCUCAGGGUCAUUGCAAUCUCCCAAGCAGUGUUGCUUGCUCCGGUCUUGCCCUUCGUCAAGCCUAGGGUGUCGUCGAGUAGCUCCGAGGCGACCGGCACCGAACUUGAUUUCUUGCGGCAACCUACGUUCUGGCUACUCAUGGCUUCUAACAGCUUUCAUGGCUUUGCUUAUUAUAUUCCAUCUCUCUACUUGCCCACUUUUGCAUCGCUCGUUGGGCUCUCGCCUCGAAUCGGUGCUCUGCUCUUGGCGGUACUCAACUUCUCGUCCACUAUCGGACAGGUGGGAUUUGGCCAUCUGUCCGACCGUACACAUUAUUUCUUCAUAUUGGUCUUCUCCACGACGUUUGUCUCAGGCACUGCUUCUUUCUUCAUUUGGGGCUAUGCUCAGUCUUUGGCUCCAUUGCUAGUAUAUGCAAUCCUGUUCGGCCUGUUUGCCGGUUCAUACGUCGUGUUCUGGCCCACGUUUUCUCUCAUAUCGAAAGACCCCCUUACUCUAUAUGGUCUAUUUUCUUUCGGGAAGGGAAUUGGCAAUAUCGUCACCGGUCCUAUCACUGCGCGAUUGUUGGCUACAAACACGUCAUCCAGUUACGGACUCGGGACAUACAAGAACGUCAUCAUUUACACAGGGGCUCUACUUCUAGCAUCUUCGAUCAGUAUAUUUGGAUGGCCACUCAAAGGCUGCGGACACCGGAUUCUUCGGGCGGAUAGAAGCAGCGCAAGUUAAUGACAGCUCCGGUGCGUUUGCUCAGAUCGGGAGCUAACGAUAUUCUAUAAUUGAACUACUCACUGCACCUAUGAUAUCUAGGUAUAUAGACAGCCAUGCGCUCAAUUAUUGAUGUUGGGAAUUCUGGCAAUUCCAACGUUACAUAGUGGUCACCCGUCGCUAUGAAGCAGGAUUGCAAAACCUAGAGGGUCACUUCCUGGUGAGAUUCCCUUCUCAUGAAGUAGGAAGUACGGAACGAUAUAGCCGUGUUU